AUGGGCAAGUCUUCCAAGGACAAGCGCGACGCUUACUACCGUCUCGCGAAAGAGCAAAAUUGGCGCGCCCGCUCCGCCUUCAAGCUUAUUCAGAUCGACGAGCAAUUCGAUUUAUUCGAGCACGAGAACCCGGACAAUGUCACCAGAGUGGUGGAUUUGUGCGCUGCACCCGGAAGUUGGAGUCAGGUUCUCAGUCGCGUCUUGAUCAAAGGCGAGAGCUUCGGCCGGCGCGCAUGGCUCGAGAAAAAACACCAGGCUCAGCAAGGAUUGGCAGACGAAACAACCAGCGACGAUAAAAUGGACAUCGAGCCUAGCUCAAGCUCCGAAUUGAAGCCUCGGAAAAACGUCAAGAUUGUCUCAAUCGACCUGCAGCCUAUGGCGCCCCUCGAAGGCAUCACAACCCUCAAAGCUGAUAUCACCCAUCCCUCUACAAUUCCUCUCCUCUUGCGCGCCCUGGACCCCGAAGCAUACGCGCAGGCCUCCGAUUUACAAUCACCCGCCCCGGAGGCUAUCAGACAACCACACCCUGUUGAUCUGGUCAUCUCCGACGGAGCACCCGACGUAACGGGACUUCACGACCUAGACAUCUACAUUCAAUCACAAUUACUAUAUGCGGCACUCAACCUGGCUAUGGGUGUUCUCCGACCAGGCGGUAAAUUCGUGGCUAAGAUUUUUCGUGGCCGUGAUGUGGAUCUGCUUUAUGCGCAGUUGCGAACUGUGUUUGAGCGUGUUAGCGUCGCCAAACCGCGGAGUAGUCGCGCAAGCAGCUUGGAAGCCUUUGUCGUUUGCGAAGGUUUUAUUCCCCCUGUUAGUGAUAGCGGAGUGGUCGGUAUGGCUGCCUUGAAGAACCCUCUUUUCGGUGGUGCUGCGGCCCCGGUACCUGUGUCCGAAGAUGGCAAUGUUGCCGUUGAGGUGCGUGAGCAGAUAGAUGAAACUGCACAGAGACAAACUCCGCUAGCUGGAAACAACAAUUCUGCGCCGAAUCACACUACCGAAAUCCGUCAUCUUCAGACCACGUCAGACGAGAAACAACCUACAAAGCUCUCCCACAAGUUCUCUGUCGAGAACCGAUGGAUCCCUCCGUUCAUUGCUUGUGGUGAUCUGUCUUCUUGGGAUUCGGAUGCAUCGUACACGCUGCCGCCGGAUUAUGUUACCUUAGAUCCAGUCCAGCCUCCCACUGCUCCCCCGUAUCGACGGGCGUUGGAGUUGAGGAAGGAAAUGGGCGGCGCAUAUGGAAAAACCAAGUUUGGGACUAUGGGCCGGGCUUAA